CGCUCGUCUGGCGGCCUGCUGACGUAGUCACGUAACCACGUUAAACCAAUCAGAGCGCAGUUUCGGUCUGUGCGGAAGUGCGUGAAGCCGGUUUUUCGGGUGACAAUCGCAAUCAUGCUGCUGUGGAUUCUGUCCGGCUCUCUGGUUCUGUUCGGCAGUUUUGACGUCUGGUACUUCCUGAGAGGCUCGUGGAUGGUGAUCAAGUCCUGGUUCCAGGGGCCGGUUCGAGAUGUUCUGGCCGAGCAGGUGGUUCACGGACGGGUUCUCCUCCACGACCUGGACUUUAUGUGUCACAUGAAUAACGCCCGCUAUCUGCGCGAGUGCGACUUCGCCCGGUACGCACACUGCACGCGGAACGGGCUCUUCCUGGCCGCACGCGCGCUCGACGCCACCAUGCUGGUCGGAGCCACGACCAUCCGCUACAGACGCUCGCUGGCGCUCGGCGAGGCGUUCGAGCUGCGCACCCGGAUCGUGGCGUGGGAUGAGAAGUCCUUCUACCUGGAGCAGAGGUUCGUGUCCAAGUCAGACGGGUUCGUUUCUGCUGUCAUGCUGUGCAGGCAGAAUGUCAUUCGCGGAAGUCCACAGAAGAUCUUGGAACACCUUUGCAAGAGGAAGGUAUGCAUUUAUUUAUCAAAGCUUUUGAAAGCCAUGGACCUUGUGCAAGAGACCCCUUUUCAUGACAUGCAUUUGAUUUGA